UGUUAAAAAAAUACAAAUAAAACUAUCAACCAUGGAAAUGUCAACGGAAAGUGUACACCAUCGUUGGUACGAAUCCCCACGUGUAAAUACAACAACUAGUCCUGUACAAAGUGGAUCGGGUGGACAAUUAGACGGUGGUGUAGGACAAUCAAAUACGGGCACUGGUAGUGAUUUAAAUCCAGCCGUCGCUGAACAUAUGGGUGCAUUCUUUUUAGAUCCAUCGAGUUCACAUCAUUCAAGAGCGGCGGCUGCACGAUAUUAUCACCAAAGUAUGCAUUCACCGUAUGCAGCGGCUGCUUCACAUGCAGCGUCGAGAAUGUCAUCGAGCAAUGUAUGUCGGCCGCACUUUCACACACCAUUACAUCCAUGGAUGACAGACACAUCAAAAUUACAUUCCACACCAUGGGUGCCGUUUGGUCAAUCGACUGGUGGAAGCGGUGAUCCAGAUAAAUCACAAUCACCUGGUUCACAAUCCCAACCUACACAACCACAUAAUUUAUUCAGUUUCCCCCCGACGCCACCAAAAGAUAGUACCCCCGAUUCUGUGAUACCCACCUCAUCCAAUGCAACUUCGGCGUCAAGUGGCCAAAGUGGGCAAGAAUAUCAAAGUGCUGUAGCACACGCAAUGGGUGUGUUUAUGCAUCAUCCAGAUAAUCAAAAUAAUGGUCAAAAUGGUAGUUCAACAAAUUCGGGCAAUACGUGUUCGAUGGAUGUGAAACCUUCGGCAGCGAAUUUACUGAAUUCGCAACAGAAUGGUGUGAAGCAACGUGAAGGUACUACUUCUAGUAAUCAUUACGAUAGAAAUAAUUUAGAUGGCAUGUUCGGUGGGUCUGGUACAACUAGUAGCGGGUCAAAUAAUUUACAUACGGGUAAUUCGUCGUUUGAUCCAACAAAUUAUCAUGGUACAUCACCAUACCAUAGUUCAAUACAUCAUCAUCAUUCGUUACAUAAUGGUAUUUACGGUAGUAAUUCAACAACAAAUCAUUCGUCGUCAGUGACUUCCAUGAAUAUUAAACAUAAUAAUAGUUCAUCGGCACCAAAUUCAGCAAUAUCACCAAACAACAAAGCGAAUAGGAAUAAAUCGCGAACCAGUGCUGAGGGUCGAGAAUGUGUAAAUUGUGGUGCAACGAGUACCCCGUUAUGGCGACGUGAUGGUACUGGACAUUAUUUGUGUAACGCUUGUGGAUUGUAUUAUAAAAUGAAUGGACAAAAUAGGCCGCUUAUAAAACCAAAACGACGAUUGUCAUUACAAAGUGCGGCGCGAAGGGCGGGUACAUCGUGUGCAAAUUGUAAAACCACAACGACAACGUUAUGGAGGCGAAAUCAAAAUGGUGAACCUGUUUGUAAUGCAUGUGGAUUAUAUUACAAAUUACAUAAUGUAAAUAGGCCGCUUACAAUGAAAAAAGAAGGUAUACAAACCAGAAAUCGAAAAUUAUCGUCAAAAUCGAAAAAGAAAAAAGGAGGUUCAGCGUGUUUAUCAUUGGGUGGUGUAAUGAGUGAUAUGAUUAAACCAUUGGAUCAAAAGGGUGCAUUUGGUGCAACCGGUUUUGGUGCUUCAAUGGGUAACAAUCAUCAUCAUUUAAAUCCUGCAGCAUUACAUCCACAUCAUGCGCACGCGAUGAGUCAUUGGUAUCAUAACGGUGGCUCUGUACAUCAUCAUCAAGGUUUUGUUGCACCCGGUCCACCUCCACCAGCACCUGCAUCUGCGGCUGCAUCAUAUCAUCAUCAUAUGACAAGUUUAAGUGCUGCAGCAGGUCUAGGUCUAACUGGUGGUAAUGGAAUGACGGGCUGGCGAUCCGAAUACACGUGAUAAGGCUACGAAAAUAAUUAAGAAAAAUAUGUAAGUGAAUUUUUUCUAACAAAAC